UUAUUAUUUGACACGUUUUAAAAAAUUUGUUGGCAUACUUAACAAUAAAUAUUAUUCAAUUACAUUAAUAUUAAACCAAAAAGCCAAACGAACAAUCAAUAAUCAUGGAGAAAAAUAGUUUAGAUGCGACUGAAAACAUAGAAAAAGAUAGUGAAAUUAAAGUACGGGCAUUCAAUUUAGAAAAAGUUCAUGAUCUAUUUACGGACAGUUUAAAAGAAUCCGAAGAUAUUUAUUUGAGUGCUUAUUUGGAAGCUUAUAAAGAGUUAAAUAAAUUUUUUGUAUUGAUGGGAUCAAUGUUUAGUUUUGUAUCGAGUGAAAUCGAUACAAAAGUAGCGAUUCUUGAAAAAUUAAUUGAGGCAUCACAUCUAGAAACAUCUACAAAUGGUGCUCGUGAACAAGUUGAAAAUAAUAUGAAUGGCAGCGUUGUUCAUGACCCUUCAAAUCCAUUUGAAUCAAUCAAUUCAAUGAUCGAUUAUGAGAGAUCCAACGAUUUAUUAACUAAAAAGGAUUACGUUUCAGGAAGUCGUACGUUGUUACGAUUGCAUAGAGGAUUAGAUUUUAUAAGAGUGUUCUUACGUGAUUUGUCUCAAUUACAGUCAACAGUUUGUGUGGCACAAUGUUGUAAGCAAGCGUACGAUCGAACAUUAUCAAAGUAUCAUUCCUGGUUUAUACGAAAAGCUGUUAAUCUUGCCACCUAUACGAUGCCUACUCAACGACAACUACUCAAUAAGGUGUGUGGAAGUGACGUUGAAAUUCAAAAUACGUUGCAGUUAUUACCAACAAUGUUAGAGGUUACGGAUGAAGUUUAUAACAGAACACAAUCAAUUUUCGAGAUCUCAAAUUUGCUCAAUUUAGGUUAAGUUUAAUUUGCAAACACAAUCACCUACAGAUAUCAAACGAAUAGAGAAUGUCAAAUUUAAAUGUCUCUUAAUAAAUUUACAAAUGAUGAACGGAUUUAUAAUAUUUACUUAGUGAUAUUUGGUUGAAGCCAAGCUAAAUGAGUUGAGUUGUAGUUAGGACACUGAAAUACAGAGGGACUGGAACGCUAUCUAGUCUUCUGGCAGCGAAGAGACAGAGAAAGAAAAUGACGGGUAUACAUGUUGUUCUCGUACAACAGUCUGAUUUGAAAGUGACUGACUAUUCGUCAUGGGAACUG